AAGCCUGAGAAUCUGAGAUGGUUGAAGCUGAAGACGAGGGGCCUGCUGUGAGAGCUCUCGGAUCUCUCUUGAAGCUCACCCAAGUCUUUCUCUGGGACGAUGGCACAAGAAACGACAGGUCGUUUUCCCUGGGACGGACUAAACCAGCUCAGGAUGAAGGAGACGAUGGCUCAAACGCUCUUUCCUCAGAAUGUGGAACUUUGCCGGAGGAUAUGGAACUUACUAGACAGAUGAAUGAGUUGGGGCUUCCGGUCUCAUUUCGCACAAAUAAGGAGAAGCAGAAGAGAACAACUCAAGGAAAAAGAAAAGGAAUGCGACAGAAGGAUUCGAACGAAUCUCAAGAAGUUGUGGGUGGAGCCCUGGACUCUUCCAAAGUGAGUGUGGAGGAGAUUGUAUCUCCUAUUAUAUUUGAUGAUAACCCAAGCAGUUCUUUGUGUUGUAUGUCAAUGAUGGGCCAAAGUGAAUCAUCUUCCUCUGAUGUUGCAGCUGAUGCCAAUUAUCCAGCAAGUUCAGCUAAGAUUACUGGUGAUUCUAUUAAGGAACAUAAGCGUGAUGGAAUAGUCGGCAUUGUUUCUAAUGAAGGCCAGGAUUGUGAUUCCUUACACAAUGGUGCCAUGCUCACUGAUGCAACAACAAUUUUAGCAAGUUCAACUGGGUUAGAUGCUGUACUUUACCCAGGCAGCUGCUCUGCAGAUGCUGCUAAUGGUCAUGAUAAGACGGAGCCAGGUGAAAGACUUAUGCAGCAUGACCACGUAGAGUGUGCAAUAAUGGUUACCAGUGAAGCAGAAAUAACCGAAAGUUGUGAGGAGCAUGUCCCUGAGCAGCCAUGUGUUUCUGAAUCAGUCUCAUGUUCCAUAUAUCCAGAAGGUCUUGAGAAUGGUGCAAUUGACAGCCAACAAAGUGGUGAUUUUGGAGACUGGAUGGUAUAUUGGGAUUCUUACUACAUGAGAAAUUACUUCUAUAAUAUUAGAACACAUACUUCAACAUGGUACCCACCCGUGGGCAUGGAACAUUUAGAAAAUGUUGAUAGCACAUAUAAGUCAAAUGAAGGUGUUGCUGGAGUAACUCAGAUGGAUGUUACCACAGACUUAAAGGCAACAGAUUUAUGUGGUUUGAGUAAGUUUGACUCAUUUGAAGAACCAAUAAAUGUUGAUGUUUUACAAUAUCAACGAUAUGAAGAGGUUUCAAGGGAUGUUGAAAUUACUGCUGCCAAUACUUUAUCGGAUACAUCCACUUCAACUGUCAGUGUAAGCAUAUGUCCUGAGCUUCCAGAUGAACUUAAUCAGAGCAAUAACAGGUGCAAUGAUGGAAAUGCAUCAUGCUUGUCAUCAAAUGUCCAGGACCACAUUGCUAGUUGCAGAAACCAAACCAUGGAGCAGGUUGCUGAUGAGGUCUGCAACAGUGAUUUGCAACCAAUUUUUGCAGGAAAAAGUGCUGAACCAGAUACUUCUGAUCUCUAUGAUAAACCUAAUGAAGUUUACUUUUGUGAGGAAAUUCCUAAAUAUGGUGAACAUGAUGAGGCGAUUCAAACAUUAGAUACAAGCAGCAUGUCCAAUUCAUGCACUGAAGAAGUUGAGGAUUGGAAUAUGCAUUCUGAAACUGGAGCUCCUGCAACAAAUGAGUUGGAAAUGAAAUCUGACCCUGCUUUAGUAAAACGGAAAAAGAAAGUGAGAAGAAUUCGAAGUCACAGAAAAUUCUUCAAUGAGAAUGAAGAAGUUCUAUUUGAAGGAUUGCUGGAGAAGUGUUCCACUGAUAUUGGUAAAUAUUGGUCUCAGAGAUAUCUAUUAUUCUCCAGAUAUGAUGAUGGUAUAAAAAUGGAUGAGGAAGGAUGGUUUUCAGUUACUCCAGAAGCUCUAGCUAUGCAUCAUGCCCAACGUUGUGGUAGUGGCAUUAUCAUUGACUGUUUUACUGGAGUUGGUGGUAAUGCCAUCCAAUUUGCUCAGAUAAGCAAACAUGUAACUGCCAUUGAUAUUGAUCCAACAAAGAUUGAUUAUGCUCAACAUAAUGCUGCUAUCUAUGGAGUAGACGAAAGGAUAGAUUUCAUAAAGGGGGACUUUUUCCAUUUGGCAUCAAGGUUGAAGGCAGAUACAGUCUUUUUGUCACCACCAUGGGGAGGACCUGGUUAUGCAAGAGAAGAGACAUAUGACAUUAUGACAAUGCUUAAGCCACAUGAUGGAUAUUUUCUCUUCAACACUGCUAAGCAAGUUGCUUCUAAGAUUGUCAUGUUUCUCCCAAGAAAUGUUGAUGUCAACCAAUUAGCAGAGUUGUCUCUUUCAGGGACCCCACCAUGGUCGCUAGAGGUGGAGAAAAACUUUGUAAAUGGUAAGUUGAAGGGAAUAACUGCUUACUUCAGUGACACGGCAAGGAGAGAAUGAUAUUCAGUUUUAUCCUUACUUUGCCAGAUAAUGAACAGCUAUGGAGGAUUGAGGGUAUUGCCUUCACAUAACAGUAGUGUAUGAGCUGCCAUGAGAGACUACGCCUUAGCAGAAAGAAACAGCCUCCUUGGAAGAGGCGUGCGGUUGCUUCUAACUUACUCUCCUCCUGCACUUGAUCUUUUUUAUUGAUAUCGAAGUCACAGAGAUUUCAGCAUUGUGUUAACAUACAGUCCUGCAAACUAGGAAACUAGAACUAGAAAACUAAUGUCCUCCCCCAAGCAGUUAGGGAAAAGGGGGUUACUGUUAGCAUUUGUCCUUGGCGGCCUGUUAGAGACUAAAGAAUAGUAGCUCAAAGUCAUAUUCCAUUUUAUAAACUCGGAAUCAAUGUGUUUGGUGACCAAGGAUGGUCCUAAUGGGAGGUCUAAUAUAGGGUGACUGGUGAGGAAGGUGGAGAGUAAUGCCCGCCAAAUACAUUAUUAUUAUUCAACGGAUGUAUGAUCCAAUGGAAUGAGCUUGAGCUUUGUAAUUGAUAAUUAAUUUCCGUCAGAUUAGAACUUUCGGUUAAAUUAAACAACACCAGUGGAGAUUA